CAAGAAACUCAUGUGGAGGGGAGCUCGGAGAUACCCUGUUCCGGAUUUUAUUGCAUCAGUCUGACCGAUAUUUUCUGCCGCCUCACCAGCUACGCCAGACCAACCAUCAGCUGCGCCAACAGUGCCUAAGAUUUAGAUCCUAACCACCUGCUCAACCUUGACUCUGGGCGCUGUCUCAGCCUCAUUCUGUCAAUAUGGCACGCAUGCGCCUUGUAUAUUCUCCUGGGCUCUUUGAGCUUGGUUCAGGAGAUCGGAGUUCAAUACCGCCUCCCAUCAAACAUGAUGCUUUCCUGCGGCAUACUUUGUGCAGGCGAGCUUGAAUAGCUGACGAUCUCGAUGUUAAGACCUCGUCGUAGGGCACAUGAUUGCGCUCUUAGCGGCCUCCUGCACACUCGACGAGACUCGUAGUCUACCGUCACGCGAUGCGCCUCCUUCACUUUAGCAGCGGUGGUGGCCUGCAAUUGACCAGAGAUUUCACCGAUGACAUCCCGAUUUACGCGAUUCUCUCGCACACAUGGGGCGACGAUGAGGACGAGGUCACAUACAGCGAUAUUUGCAGUGGUUCUUACAGGAUCAGGGCUGGUCACACGAAAAUCCGCUUCGGCGGGCAACAAGCUGGCAAAGAUGGGCUCCAAUACUUAUGGGUGGACACAUGCUGCAUUAAUAAAGCAAAUUUUACUGAGCUUUCCGAAGCGAUUACCUCGAUGUUUCGGUGGUACCGCGACGCGGCCAAGUGCUAUGUCUAUCUAUCGGACGUGUCGAUUGAUGAUCAGGACGAUAAUAGCCCAACCGAGAGACCAUGGGAAGCAGCCUUUCGCCAGAGCAGAUGGUUUCGACGAGGCUGGACACUACAAGAACUCCUUGCUCCGAAGAUAGUCGAAUUCUUUUCCCGCGAAGGAGAGCGCCUAGGGGAUCGUGUCACGCUCGAGCAGAUCAUUCACGAGAUCACGAAGAUCCCGAUUUCGGCUCUCCGCGGUACGCCCAUGGCUCAUUUCGGCAUUGAUGAGAAGAUGCAGUGGGUGGCGGGGCGUCAGACGAGGAAGAUCGAGGACAAAGCAUACUGUCUGCUGGGGAUCUUUGAUGUCUUCAUGUACCUGAAUUAUGGAGAGGGAGACAACGCUUUUCUGCGGCUUCGACGUGCGAUUCUCAGGACUUUAAGAGACUCGCCAAACUGUCAAAUCCCGUUUAGCCUUCGAGGCAUCUCGGUGGUCGACGGUGCUCGCAAUGACUGUCAGCCAUCUAUCCACUUCCUCACGGGAUUAGAGACGACCUUAACAAAUCUCGUCGCAGCUGGAGACACCCUUCCUCAAAAUCCAGCAACGCGUGAAAUCCUGCAACAAACCAAAAACAUAGUCAAGGCGCUGCCUCUAUUACUAGAGGAUGUGAGGACGUUCGAAGGUUCACUAGGUGCUAACGCAAGAGGCAGCAGAGCAGGACAGGCAGGAAGCCGCUCGAGAUGUUCUUUCCCACCAGGCAGGGCUGGGGAAACUCCAGAAAAUAGGAACUCGGUUCCUCUCCUCCCUAUGGGCGCCAACAUCGGCUUGCAAAUCUUGAAACUGAUUCAGAAUAUGCAGACAGAGUUGCCUGCGUCCAUUCACGCCAUGUUCCCCGCUGGAGAUGAAGCUACGUUUCUUACUCGACUGAAGCGCGAGCUCGAACCUCUCAGUCGAGCCAUCGAAGCGCAAGCUUCAGCCUCGACACAGAUCGUACAGAGCCUAGCCACGAAUCAAGCAUCGCAAUUGAAUGUUCUGCAAGUCUUGAGGAGCUCUUUGACGGAAAAUAUGGCAACAUCCCGUGCCCAAAUGCGACUCUUGCAAGCAUCCGUUGAGGGCACCUCUCUUUUUCUGACGCAGGUGAAAGACGGCGCUGGCACUGUCAUCCAAAGCCCAGCUACUACACGGCAAUUGCUCAGUCCACGAAAACGAAUAACCCGAUCUCUCCAGAUGUUAUCGCAUGCCUUACGUGAACUGCUGCUAGCAUUUCUGGAGCUUCUCUGGCCUUUGAUGUUGUUCUUCUUUCACAAGUUGCGAGCAGCCGAAAGACAUAUGUCGCGGCUACUCAUCAGUGAUUCAAUCAUUUUUGAGGACGCUUUAGGAAGAACACGAUACCUGCCAUUUGAGUUUUUCCAGCACUGGGAGGUCUUUUUGCCGUACCUGCAUAAGAGCUUCGAUCAGGUGCCCGGCCUUUACAACAUCAACCGGCGGAGGUAUCAUCUUGUAAACUCUCGAACUGGGAGUAUUAUUGACCCUCAGUUGUGGUCGGCACAAGUGAAACCAAACGCACGCCUGAGUAUGGCCAUGGUGGUGUUCAAGAUCUCAGGUAAUGAGCGUGCGUGUCCGCACUGCGGAGGAAAGCAGCGGUGGGCACAAGCGAAUACUUUUGCAAGCUGUUCUACGUGUGACGGCCACUUUCGCCAUUUUGAGCCAGGAGAGCGCCGAUUCAUUACCCCAUCAGAUGGGCAUUAUGGCGGCUUGUACCGCCGCCGUGAAGUGCUAGACGCCGUGCUAGACGCGAGACGCGCACUCUACAAACCAGAAUGGCCUACACUCACAUUUCCUGCUAUUACAGGCACAUCGACACAUGUCGAAGAGAUCUCCGAGAACGUUGCACCCGUACAAAACCUGCGAGUAUUCAAGAAAGUGGAUGUUCUUCUCGUCAAUGAUCCGGAGAGAACGGUGGCCAUACUCGAGGAGCUCGUCGAUCUCGUACGUACGCGAGAUCGCUUCGGGGAAUUUCUCAAGAGCGACGCGGAGAUUGGGCUACGACGCUUCAUUCGCUUGGUCAGGUUUGAAGUACGACAAAAUAUCAAUUUCUUCGACUUCAGACCCUGGAACAUGCAUGCCUGUGGAGUGGCGAUCGACACAUUGCAAGAAUGGCUCGACAGGCACGCUUUGUCGUCUGACAGACCUGCAGGUAUCCGACUGAAUUGGACCUGGGUCGACAAGGCAUUCUUGGACUUUGCUCCCUCGCUACGUCAAACUGUAUUCAACAACGGUACAGUCGCUUGCCCAACGCUUGCUCUCAUGGUCAAACCAAUGACGGGGCGGAUAUUGAUGUUCCGGGUAGAAUUUCAAACAACAGUCGAGGAGGUCAUGGACAUGAUCACCCAAAUUGAAGGAUUGCCACCGUCUCUCCAGUGCUUGAUAUAUCGUGGCAAAAGGCUUGAGGUCGACCGUUGCAUGGCAGACUAUCAAAUAUCGACAGAAUACUACCUUCAUCUUGUGCUUCCCUAUCGAGCCAAUGGGGGCUACUACUACGAUGGUCCUCUUCCGUCGUGGAUGUUACUCGGUGGCGACGAAGAACCAUCUACGCGUGGAUCCGUCAGGAUAGCUGACGCAGUCAUCAGCGACCAACAAAGUGAAUAUAUGGGGAAGAUCGAUCUAGCCAAUGGAACCCAUGCCGGCCAGCGCCCUCCGAGCGGCAUGUUCGACCUUGAUGCCUUUCCCCCUAGACCUAUAUCUCCGAUUCGAAGAGACUCCUGGGGCGAGUGGGUUGCCCACGACGGAUUCUAUACCGCGGACGGACUGCAGGAGUCUCAAACACCUCCUCAUCAUCAAUUCGUGAGGGUGGUGGAACACCUGGACGAAUCCACGGAGAUGGAGACCGUGGAUUGAAUCAAAAGGGAUGGUGACCCAAGAGCUUCUUGAGAACGUGGCUAUGCUUGUUCUUAUUGUACAGUGUCACGUCUUUUGCUUGGCUCGGUCGUGGAGGUUGCACUGUAAAUCAAUUACAGGGAUGUACAAUACCUAUAUGACCCCAUCCUGGCGGCAUAGUUAGAUACCUUGGAUAUAUUGCUUGUUGAGAGCGGAAGAAACUCGUGCUCUCCAGCAGAAAUGAUUAAACUAUUAUACG